AGAAAUCUCGGUCAUGCACGAGGCUGAAGAUCGGCGCUGCGUUAUGAAUCAUAUGACUGCAACAAUUCACAAACUUCCUGUUUGAGCACAACAGAGUGAAAGCAAGAAGAGAAGGGAGGACGUCUGAGUCCUAGACGAAGCAAAGGCACAGAGGAAAGCGUCUUGCUGGAGACAAUGUGCACAAGCUGUGGAGAAUGGAAGAGCUGAUAGGAGACCGGAGAGUUGAGGACGAGAGGAGCUUGAUAAAGACGCCAUCUGAUGUCCAGGCCAGUGCCAGAGAACAUGACUCGUCCACGUCCACGCGUCAGACCCGCUCUGUCCAGCGCGGCUCGCCAUGUUUCGUCUACACCCUGGCGUUCUUCUCGGCUCUGGGUGGGUUCCUGUUUGGCUAUGACACAGGAGUGGUGUCUGGAGCCAUGCUGCUGCUCAAGAGGGAGAUGAACCUCAGCUCUUUAUGGCAGGAGCUGCUGGUGUCCAUCACUGUUGGCGCCGCAGCCGUUUCCUCUCUGGCUGGUGGGUAUCUCAACGGGCUUUACGGCCGGAGAAUCUGUAUACUGCUCGCUAGCUUUAUCUUCUCUGCUGGAGGAAUCAUCCUGAGCGUCGCACCCAACAAAGAGGUUCUUCUGUGUGGGAGGCUCACGGUUGGGCUCGGGAUAGGGAUUGCAUCUAUGACCGUGCCGGUCUACAUCGCUGAGGUUUCACCUUCUGAACUCCGAGGUCAGCUGGUCACCAUUAACACCCUGUUUAUCACCGGUGGGCAGUUCAUAGCUAGCGUGGUGGACGGGGUCUUUAGCUACCUCCCCCAUGAUGGCUGGAGGUAUAUGUUGGGCUUGUCAGUUGUUCCUGCUGCGCUGCAGUUCCUGGGGUUCCUCUUCCUCCCGGAGAGUCCUCGCUGGCUCCUGCAGAAAGGAGAUACCCAGAAUGCUCGGCUGGUGCUCAGUCGGAUCCGUGGCGGUGUAAAUGUGGAUGAGGAGUAUGAGAGCAUUCGGAGCAGCAUUGAGGAGGAGAAGAUUGAUGCUGGUGAGGGUCCAGUGUUGUGGCGUAUCCUGACGUUCGCUCCAGCACGGCGUGCUCUGAUCGUGGGUUGUGGCCUACAGAUGUUCCAGCAGCUCUCAGGAAUCAAUACAGUCAUGUACUACAGCGCCACCAUCCUGCAGAUGUCUGGAGUACAGGACGAUCAGAUGGCCAUCUGGCUGGCUUCUGCCACAGCCUUCACCAACUUCCUGUUUACUCUAUUAGGCGUGUGGCUUGUGGAUAGGGUGGGCCGCAGGAAGCUGACUCUGGGCAGCAUACUAGGUACUGCUGCAAGUCUGAUGGUGCUCGCUGCGGGUUUCCUGCUUACGGCUCAGGCCUCUCCACCCGUGACCUUUCACCCCAAUGACCCCUCCCUCCACAACUCCACCUGCAUUACAUAUGGGUUCUGUGAAUCCUGCAUGUUGAAUCCAGAUUGUGGUUUCUGUUAUGGGAAGAAUGGCACAGUGGUGAUUGAGUCGUCAUGUUUGCCUGUGGAUGUGGCCAACACUGGGGCGGCUGCAGCGGGCAGGUGUUCCAAUGGCACACAAGAGAGUUUAGGUGUAUUCUGGGCCUAUAACUAUUGCCCAACAUCUUACUCCUGGAUUGUUCUGCUGGGUCUCAUUCUGUAUCUGGCCUUCUUUGCCCCAGGUAUGGGUCCAAUGCCGUGGACGGUGAACUCUGAGAUCUAUCCGCUGUGGGCUCGGAGCACAGGGAACGCCUGCUCUGCUGGAGUCAACUGGAUCUGUAAUGUCCUCGUGUCCCUGACCUUCCUCCAUGUGGCCCAGUUCCUGACAUACUACGGUGCGUUCUUCCUGUACUCCGGCCUGGCUCUGCUGGGCUUCGUGUUUGUGGUGGGCUGUCUGCCGGAGACCAAGGGUCUGCGUCUGGAGGAGAUCGAGCCUUUGUUCGGGAGACAGCUGUGCAGCUGUGGAGCCGGCGGCACUCCCAGCGUUCACUACACCCGGGUAAACGGAGGAAACUACCGCUCUGAAGAAGACCUGACUGAUGAUGAAUAGAUACUGAUGAAGAUGAUUCAUGGUGCGAGGGGUGCUGUGGUUCCCAUUCCAGAGAUUCAACGUUCUAGUUGACUCGUUCCAAAAACGUAAACGUGUCAAUUUAAUUAUGUUGAUGCUUGAUAAGCACAUGAGAUAUUUCUGCGGUGAUUGUAUUUGCACAUGUACAGAUGAGUAGUGUUCGAGACAAACGUGUUGUUUGCUUAAGUAAAGGCUCAUGAGAUCAGGAAGUGAGAUUGCUAUCCAAAUAAGUGCUCUGGAGUGCGACCCAUGUGCAUACACUUUAUUAUACUAUUGGGAGACAGAGCAAACAGAGUUUGUUCUUUUCAAGGUGUACAGAGCUGUACGUUCAUCUUCUAGAGCUUCUGUUACUAACCUCCGAAUGAGUGUUUUACACAAAAGUGAAAAUAAUCUCAUGAUUAAAACUCCUUAAAACCUUAACUUUCCUUUUUUCUUUAAAGCCCUUGUGCUCACAUUAAGAUUCCUUUUAGACACACGCUGUCUGACCCUGGAAGUACAGGAAUAAUUCACCCACAAAUUCUGCCCCCUCAUAUCAUUCCAAACGUGUGUGUGUGUGUGUGUUUGCUUGUUUUUAUAGGGAUUGUUUUUUUUAAUCAUCUACUCACCUCGGGUCAUUCCAAACCUGUAUGUGAAGAUGUUUUGAAGAAUGUUGGUAAUCAAAUGGUUUUGGUUCCCAUUGACUUCCAUAAAAUACUGUGGAAGUCAAUGGGACUCAAAACUGUUUAGUUACCUAUAUUCUUAUAAAUGGUGUGUGUGUGUGUGUGUGAGAGAGAGAGAGAGAGAGAGUGUAAAUAAUGACAGAAGUUUCAUUUUUUGGUGAACUAUGCCUUUAAGGAUCUUCACGUUUUGCUUCCAUGCAGUGACAAAACAAAAAACAAAAAAAGCAACAAACUGCUGAUAAAUAAUGGCAGAGUUGUGGCUGAACUAUUCCUUCAGGUGGACUUGUGAUGUGGUUUGAGGAUGUGGGCUCGUGGUGGUGGAGACUGAUGAUGAUGAUGAUCUGGUAUUGUUGAAUGAAGCUGGCAGUGUUUGAUGUUUUAGCCCCGUGUGGAGUUGGGAGCUCUGCACUGUGCCACUUUGGAACCAGAGAGCAGAAUUUCCUACAUAUCAGUGAGUAUCCGUGAUCUCAAGAGCGUGGCUUUUACAGAUUACAUAACGCUUUGUGUUUUCAUUUUUAUAAACUGGGGAACAAGUUAAAAUAAUUUUCUGCUGUAACUGAUAGAUUUUAGUAGAGCUUCAGUCUACUUUGUGUUGUGUGGAGAAAAAACAACUAAUUUUUUUAAAUGAUAUUAUUAAAUCUAUUUUUCUGCUGCAGUUGCAGUAAUGAUGACCUUGUAUGUGGACUUGAAGAUUCAUUUUAUGGAAAUAAUCAAACUGUAGAAUCGUGAUGAUUUUACAUUAUAAAGCAGCUUCGUUUUGUGAUGUGUUUUCUACUUAUUUGGUAGUUUUGAUAUCUUUUUCUCUGGCACUACACUCUAAACAUUUAUGAACCUAAUGAUACAGAUAUUAUAGUUAAGACGAACAAUUAUUAGAGAAUGUUUUGCAAAAUUAAAAUAACCUAAUUAAAUAUAUCAUGUUUAAUUCAGUGCAUUACUUGAUGUUUCUCUGUAAUUAGUGGAAUCCUACACUAUUUGUUUUUCCAGUGUACUGUUCUCAUCACUUCUGUUCUCAGUAUCAAACGGUCAAUCAUUGAGGCAGUUCAGUCACAAUGUUUAGAUGUUGUUCCUGAGAAGACUAUGAAGCUGAAAUUGCUGCUGAUAACUGUGCAAUGCUGUGUUUGUAGAUUUUCAGAUGAAUAAAGUUCCUGAAGCCGGUUGUGUAA